CGCGACAACGCCCGACAGAUGGAAGCUGUCUUGCAAGUUGCGAUCCAGCAACCAUCGCCAUAGGUUCUUGCGCCAAACCGUAAAAAGAACCAACAGCCGGCCCGAAACCCACGACCUCCGCCACGAUGGGUAUCACGCGCACGAAAACGGUGAAGAACAAGAUCUCUUCCAGGAAGGGCGGCUCCAGCGGGGGCAAAUCAAAAUCCGAUGGGGACAACUUCGUCAAGUCCAAGUCCAAGAAGCCCAGCGGCGGCAAGGCGCCGUCGCAGCAGGUCAAGGGCCGACCGUCGAUCGCGGAUUUGAUGAAGAAGAAGAAGAAGCGCGUCUACACCGAGAAGGAGCUGGGCAUACCAAAGCUCAACAUGAUCACCCCGGUCGGCGUCGAGAAGCCCAAGGGGAAGAAGAAGGGAAAGGUUUUCGUCGACGACCCUGAGAGCAUCAACACGAUCCUCGCGAUGGUCCAGGCCGAGAAGGAAGGCCAGAUAGAGUCCAAGAUCAUGAAGGCGCGCCAGAUGGAGGAGAUCAGAGAGGCGAGGAGGGCUGAGGCGGAAAAGAAGGAGGAGGAGAGGAAAGCCAAGCUCGACGCGACCAAGGAGUCCCUACGGAAGAAGCGGAGUAGGAGCAAGGCUGAAAAGGACGACAAGGAUAUCAGCGAUAUCGCCGUCUCUGGCUCAAAAGCGACCAAGAGUGCAGCAAAGAAGAAGAGGGUAUCAUUUGCCUGAUCCUCUCAUGGCUUUUUCGCAUCUUUUUCUUGAUUUUUCUUCUUACUGGGCACAUCAUUGCGAGGCGUUACUUUUUGGUUGGGCUAUUGUUUCAUCGCACUAUAGGCGUGUGGAAAAAAGCAGCGAGAAAUCGCUCGUAAAAAUCACGGCUCUAUGCCGACAAGGCCUGUUCAUCUGGUCUUGGAGAAACGUUAUAUUUCGGACUCAGUAUACCUACCCUACAACAUUUGUAACAUGUGGCAGCGUCGGACGAGGAGGCAAAAUGUUGCAUCGCUUGAGGAAAGAUGCUCCAAGUCAUGUUCUAUGUUCACCGAUUUACGUCUAUCUAUCCCAUGAUCUGUACAAACUGCGUAUGCAUGUCGCGUCGCGGAAUCACCAAAGAAAUCAAGGUCUCUAGUCCUCUGCCUCUAGAUGCUUGACUAUCAUUCGCCGCCUGAGGGGGUCAAAGCCUUGGGUGCCACGGGGCUUGGGUUCAAUGGUGUUGUUUGAC